UGUUUUUUUAUAUGGAAGGAUCAGUGGGGAAAGAGAUCUUACCAUCGAGAGCCGACAAACUAUGGAGCGAUAUGCAACAGGAGGAGACAAGACGAGAAGAAGCUCGACUUUACCGCAUGGAUUUGAAUGUUUACAUGCGAACUAAAUAUAGCCUGUAAAAAAUUGUUGUAGCUGUUACAGUCGACCUGUCUAAUCAGAGGACCAGAAUCGAAAGCAAUGUUUUUGAGAUCGAGAGAGUGGAUUAUGUUACAUGCUGAUUUGGAUAACGCUCGCGCUGCUACUGCAAGAUCUUUCCGACACUUGUUGAAAUUACAUUUCUAAAUCUUCUCCACAAGGGAAGUAUUCGCUAAUGAAAACAUUGCUAACAACUAUAUUUGGGCGUAAUUCUAACUAACUGCCGAGGGCAACGUUAGCAAAUAUUGUUUUAGAUAGCUAAAGAUUUUUAAACUAACGUUUCUUUUCUGCUGUUCGUGUCGCAUUACGCGGUAGUUACUGUACGAGCUAGCUGCGUAGUUGUAAUUUCUAUCGAUUAACAUUUUUAUACACUGCAUAAAAUGACCGUUUUGAUAGCUUUGAAGAGGUUGAAGUACUUAUUAGUUAUUUAGCUACGCGUGUUGCCUCAAUUGACAAUGCAUUGUUGGCUACGUCCUCAAAACGUUACUAUUUUAAGCUAAAUUGUCAAUGAAGAAAAUGGAAGUGACAGGUAGCUAGCUAGCACUGGCACUCUCUCACGCUAGCUAGUUAGCAUAACUAGCUACUGAUUGAGUUUCCAACAAGUUGUUGGCUUGUUAUUAGUUUAGUUAAUUAUUUACAAAUGUAAAUAUUUUCACAUGCAUUGACAAUACGUUGGGAUGUAUAAAACUCAAUAACUUCGGUAAGCGUUACCUGCUGGCACCGUAAACACAUUUUGGAAUUUGAUUGUUUACAAACACUUGUCAGCUGAACUGUUCACUAUUGUUAUUAACCUAUGUGGCUAACGUUAGCUAGCACCGAAGAUUUGUCAACGCGACGAUUUGAAGCAGCACUGAUGGAUUCGCUAAAAGUGGACUGACAAUCAAAACCACACUAUCUAUAUUUGUGCCCCAAGCACUCGCUUUACAUUUUUUAAGUAAAGUUUUGAAACUGUGCGGCCCACACCAUGUCCGGAUCCCCGGGCUCGGGUGGCUCAAACCCCAGGAAGUUCAGCGAAAAGAUAGCGCUGCACAACCAGAAACAAGCAGAGGAGACGCGGGCCUUCGAUCAGCUUAUGACAGAUCUCACUGUCUCAAGGGUGCAGUUCCAGAAGAUCCAACAGCUACGUCAGACCCAGACCAGGGCCCAGUACUAUGGCGGCUCCCUGCCCAACGUCAACCAGAUCGGCAACGCUAGCGCCGACUUCCAGGGUGGCUUCCCAGGGGCCUUGGACAGUGUCAGGGGGACACGUCACCAUGGCCUGGUAGAGAGGGUGCACCGUGACCGCAACCAACGCAUUAACCUGCCUCACCGCCGACCCAUCGACAAGUACGGACGGCAGAUGGAGAGCUCCCCGUACGGAACAGUGUACCUGUCCCCUCCGCCAGACAACAACUGGAGAAGGGAGCAGCAGCCGUGGGCCGAGGAGAAACGACCAGGAUUUAGAUUAAUAUCACAGCUCAACAGAACCAACUCGGACUCGGCUCUUCAUACGAGUGCCAUGAACCCCCAGGACCCCUUUGGCAUGAACCAGCAGAUGGGCAGAGGGCCCCCCCAGCGCAACGCCAGUGUGAACGAGGCCGAGGUGGACGGCUCUGGAGAUGUGUUCUCCUUCCCAUCCCUGUCUAAUGAGGAGGGUCUGAUGGGUGUCAGCAAGCCCCUGCCAAAGCAACUGUGGGAGGCCAAGAAGGUUCAAUCCCUCUCAUCACGGCCCAAAUCCUGUGAAGUGCCUGGAAUCAAUAUAUUCCCGUCUCCAGAGCAGAAUGCGGGCCUCUCCAACUACCAGGGCUCGUUGAACACGGGUGGUUCCCUGCCAGACCUCAGCAACCUGCACUUCCCCUCACCGCUGCCCACACCCCUGGACCCGGACGACGGGCACCACGGAGGGGGGGGAUACCACCCCAACCUGAGCGGGGGCAGCAGCACAGGCAACCUGCCCGCCGCCAUGAUGCACCUCGGCAUAGGGAAUCACCAGGGAGGCUGGACUGAAGGAGGUCUCUCGUCCUCUCUGAGCAAUCCUUCCAUCCAGAACUCUCUCCAAAACUCCCAGCUGCACUCGUCCCUCAGCAAUCCCUCCAUCCACUCGUCCCUCCGUCUGACGUCCCUCUCCAACCCUCCGCAGGGAGCCAUGAGCAGCUCGCCUCGCCGCCGCCCGGCUCCCAUCAGCCCCCUCACUCUGUCACCCGGCACCGAGCAACGGCGGGGGCUUUCCAAGCAGCUGUCUCCCACAAUGUCGCCCUCACUGUCCCCCAUCACACAGGGGGUUGCCUUGGACACCAACAGCUUGCCAAUGGAGCCUCCCCCUCCCUACCCUCUCUACCAACAGCUACACCAACAGUCCCAGCAUUCAAUGGGGCAACAACAACAACGCCAGCAACAACGUCAUCAUCAUCAUCAACAGCAGCAGCAGCCAGUGUCCCCUCUGCAGAACAUCUCUCUGGACUUCAACUCUGGUUCAUUUAGCAGACGCUCUUAUCCAGAGCGACUUACAAAUUACAAAUCCAUCUCUUCUCUCUCUUCAUCUCCGUCUUUCACUCCCCCAUAUCUCUCUCCACUUUUCUCUCUCCAUCUCUCCCUCUUCUUCCCACAGCAUAACAACAUGGCAGCGUUCUUCAAUGACCCGUUCAUGGACCCACAGUUCUCCAGUCGUCAGGCCAAGGCACUGUCCUACCAGGUAAACCACCGGGGAGAAGGCUCUAGAGAAGGAUCCUCCGGAAAGGACUUCAUUCCUUCAUUCACAUUGGACCAGUUCAGCAUGUUGGAGAGUGCCAUGAGCCAAAUUGCAGGGGGUUCGUGUUUCGACCCGUCCUCGCCCUCUUCCUCACCCCUGUACUGCUCGCAGGCCGCCCUCAUGGGCCUGGGUGGGAGCCACGGCAACUUGCAGGACCAGCUGCAGCAGAUGAGACCCAACAACAACUACAACUGCAGUGGAGGGGUGCCUAAUAUCAUACUGACUGAUGACUCCAACCCCAGUCAUUCCAAGGACAUCAGCAGUGCCAUGUCGGCCGACAACAUGGCUGACUGUUUCGACUCGGAGGUGAGCUUCCCACUGGAGGAUGAGCUGCGCAUCGAGCCCUUGAGCCUGGACGGUCUGAACAUGCUCAGUGACCCCGACAUGGUGCUCUCUGACCCAUCGGUGGAGGACAGUUUCCGCAGCGACAGACUGUAAUCGGGCACGCACACAUACACACACAGACUGUAUAGGCCAGGUAGCGUGGGUUAAACCUGGUUAAACUUGAAUGAUCCCCACCUCCCUCACAUACUCAUGGCAUGCAUAUCCAGCAGCAUGCGUAUGCUAUUUUUUAAGGCAUUUACACACACACACACGCACACACCCUAUUUCAGAGGAAUAGACUUGUGUACAAUCACUGUUUACUUGGGCUUCACAUGUAAAUGCCACACACACACGCUCAUACCUACAUUGUGCAUAGUCAUUUGGAACAGAUGGACUGAUGUACCAUUGAUUGAUAUCCUUCUUUUUUUUACCAACAUUACAUCAGCACUGAGCAUUACAAUAACGUUCCUAUAACGUUCCUAUAGUGUUCCUCCACCUAUAUACAGUUGAAGUCGGAAGUUGACAUAUACUUAGGCUGGAGUCAUUAAAACUCGUUUUUGAACCACUCCACAAAUUUCUUGUUAACAAACUAUAGUUUUGGCAAGUCGGUAAGGACAUCUACUUUGUGCAUGACACAAGUCAUUUUUACCACAAUUGUUUACAGAUGGGUUAUUUCACUUAUAAUUCACUGUAUCACAAUUCCAGUGGGUCAGAAGUUUACAUACACUAAAUUGACUGUGCCUUUAAACAGCUUGGAAAAUUCCAGAAAAUGAUGUCAUGGCUUUAGAAGCUUCGAUUAGGCUAAAUAAGAUAAUUUGAAUCAAUUGGAGGUGUACCUGUGGAUGUAUUUCAAGGCCUACCUUCAAACUCCGUGCCUCUUUGCUUGACAUCAUGGGAAAAUCAAAAGAAAUCAGCCAAGACCUCAGAAAAGACCUCCACAAGUCUGGUUCAUUCUUGGAGCAAUUUUAAAAUGCCUGAAGGUACCACGUUCAUCUGUACAAACAAUAGUACGCAAGUAUAAACACCAUGGGACCACGCAGCCGUCAUACUGCUCAGGAAGGAGAUGCUUUCUGUCUCCUAGAGAUGAACGUACUUUGGUGCGAAACGUGCAAAUCAAUCCCAGAGCAACAGCAAAGAACCUUGUGAAGAUGCUGGAGGAAACAGGUACUAAAGUAUCUAUAUCCACAGUAAAAAUAGUCCUAAAUCGACAACCUGAAAGGCCACUCAGCAAGGAAGAAGCCACUGCUCCAAAACCGCCAUAAAAAAGCCAGACGACGGUUUGCAACUGCACAUGGGGACAAAGAUCGUACUUUUUGGGGAAAUGUCCUCUGGUCUGAAACAAAAAUAGAACUGUUCGCCAUAAUGACCAUCGUUAUGUUUGGAGGAAAAAGGUGGAGGCUUGCAAGCCGAAGAACACCAUCCCAACCGUGAAGCACGGGGGUAGCAUCGUCAUGUUGUUGGGGUGCUUUGCUGCAGGGGAGACUGGUGCACUUCACAAAAUAGAUGGCAUCAUGAGGUAGAAAAAUGAUGUGGAUAUAUUGAAGCAACAUCUCAAGACAUCAGUCAGGAAGUUAAAGCUUGGUCGCAAAUGGGUUUUCCAAAUGGACAAUGACCCCAAGCAUACUUCUAAAGUUGUGGCAAAAUGGCUUAAGGACAACAAAGUCAAGAUAUUGGAGUGGCCAUCACAACGCCUUGACCUCAAUCCUAUAGAAAAUGUGUGGGCAGAACUGAAAAGGCGUGUGCGAGCAAGGAGGCCUACAAACCUGACUCAGUUACACCAGCUCUGUCAGGAGGAAUGGGCCAAAAUUCACCCAACUUAUUGUGGGAAGCUUGUGGAAGGCUUGACCCAAGUUAAACAAUUUUAAGGCAAUGCUACCAAAUACUAAUUGAGUGUAUGCAAACUUCUGACCCACUGGGAAUGUGAUGAAAGAAAUAAAAGCUGAAAUACAUUAUUCUCUCUAUUAUUCUGACAUUUCACAUUCUUAAAAUAAAGUGGUGAUCCUAACUGACCUAAGACAGGGAAUUUUUACUAGGAUUAAAUGUCAGGAAUUGUGAAAAGCUGAGUUUAAAUGUAUUUGGCUAAGGUGUAUGUAAACUUCCAACUUCAACUGUAUAUUAGCUGUGCAGUGUCUAGUCCUUCAGCUCAAAGACCGCUGGCCCCCCCCCACCAGCCUUCCUCUGCCCAGCUGCUGCCACAGCCUCACACCAGCACACACACAGCCAUCUGACUCUGCCACAGGGCCCUUACUGACUCCCACAGACUGAGAGGGCAACAGGUGUCUUCAACAGAGAGGGUGGCUGCAGGACAAUCCGUACUCAUUGACAGUGCUUAGUGCUCGGAUCCUGAUCCUUCAUGGGUUGUCCUUCUCACUGCCACAUUUGCUCCAGAAGUUCUGGACCAGAGCUGGUCAAAUCAGAGCAAGACAAUUGGAUUAUGUUCCAGAGCAAAAUGAACUGUUCUAGAACAGGAGUUUUGCUCUGGAACCUUUUGGAGCCCAUGUUCUAGAACAGGACAUGUAUUCUGGAGCAAGAGGAUCACAUGUUCUAGAACAGGACACAUUGUGGAACAGGUGGAGACUACGUUCUAGAACAGGACACAUUCUCAAGCAGGAACAUCUCACGUUCUAGAACAUGGGGAUGCUGUUUCCUAGAACAGCAGUUGAUGUUCUUGGACCCUGAGAGGGUCUGCUCGGGGGUUCUGUCUGUCUCCAGUUUAUACCGCUGCGCUCAAUCUGUGCUCAAACAACACUGCAGACAUGGCAACACCCAUCACCAAGACACAUUGGUUACACAAAGCCAUAGGAACACCCUUGCCAGGGAAACCCACGUCAUGGUAACUGACCGAUCGCCAUGCUGAGCAGCACCGGGAGAGUUUACACACAACAACGGCCGUUCCUCCUGGCAACAUGCAACUUAAGAAUUUGCACCUGGUGUUUAAGGCAGAGCCAGCACUGGUACCGUUCUACUACUAUGCUAAUACCUUGUUAGCACAGUGCUGGUAUGGUUCUAGUACAAUGACACCAGUACAUCCCCUGACAGCCAUGUUCCCCUCUGUGGCCCGGCCCAAUGACAGCCCUCUACGUGGCCGUACACCCAAACUAACAAUCAUGGUAGAAAUGAAGAGGAGGGAUCGAUUUGUCUAUCAUUCUGCACUGCAGAGCAUUAUUUUUCAAUGUCUUUGCUAUAUACAGUCCUGGUAUAUUUUUCUGUAAAAAGUUGUUUGCCACAUAUAUAAUAUGCCUCGCUUUAAGUGCAGUCGGACUAGAAUGUAUUUUUCAAACGAGACAAAAAGGGCAAACUGUUUACAAGGAUAAGAUUUUAGUAUGUACAAUUAUACUUAAUAUGAGGAUACGUUUGAAUUUGACAUUUUGGUAUAAUUGUAAAAGAAAAAUAUCAAUUGUGUGUGUAUAUAUAUAUAUACAUAUAUAUAUGUCACAAUGAUUCAAUCAGAGUGGAUGCAACUCCCCCACCACUGUCUUUUGGACUCAAAUGGGCUGAACCACAGGCCGACUGGUUUCUCCCUGCCUCUGGAUACGGAUGCAGAACUCUCACACCACACGGGAAUAUCAGAGAGCUGGGACAACCUUUUUACUUGUUUAUCUACUACUAUACAUCUAUAUCCAUUAAUAUUCUUUAUUACAUGUUUUGUACUGACUUGUAAUGCAGCUCGUGUUGAAGUAUUUGUGAGUUAUGAACCUUGGGACACCGUAGGGAGGCUACAGCCAGUAGUUUACUGUGGAUGGUUUACUUCCUCGAAAGUCUGUUCUGAUUGACUUACAUACAGUAGCCAGACCCUCCCAUGAACCCACUCGGCGCUACAGCAACGACCCCUAAGAUGGCUGAAAGUUUAAAGGCCAAAAUGAUGUAACGAUUGACAGCAGCCUGUAACAGUAACACUGUGGACAUGAAACACAUUUAACAUUGUCUUGUGUGACAUUUUUGCACUAAGCUUUUCCCAUUCUAUAGAUUUAAAUGUAUGGCAAUGUGAUAUUUUUACUGCUACAUUUGGUCUAUUUUUAUGUGACAGAAAACCCAAAGAUCAUGUUUAAAGGUCUACUUGCUGAAGCCAUAGUGUAGAAAUGCAGAUACAACUUCAGGUGGUGGAUUGUUUCAUUUGCACAGAAAGAUAAUGUGUAUAAUGAUUUGCAGUGUUUCAAAGAGAUUCAACAUGACUAUUGAACACAAGUCAUGCUAAGCCUUUUCUAAGAGAUUUCCAAUAUGUUGAAUGACAGAACUAGCAUUGGAACCUAUAUGCUCAAGUUCUGCCAAUGGUCUUUUUUCUUUUGUAGUAUGCAUGCAUAUUCACUUUGAAAGUCAAUGACAGUUAUUGCAGUAUCAUCACGGCCCAUAUAUAUUAAUGCAGCGUCUCAGAGUAGGAGUAAUGACUUGGGAUCAGUUUUGCCUUUUAGAUCACAAUGGAUGAGAUUACAUGGACAGGGAGGACCCACCACUAGCUCUGUCUAGUUAGUCCUCUCUCUCACCGGAUAUGCAUGUGUGUUUUAUGGCACGGUCGAAUGAUGCGCGUAAUCAAUGCAACCUGUUGAACAGGUAAACACGUUAAUGUUAUGCAAAUGCUUUUUUUUAUACAAUAUAGAUUACGAUUCCCUUUCACGAGAUUUUGUACUGUUUGUGUAAUACUGAGCAAGAGCAAUGUUACAUGUGUUCAAUGUGUCCACAGCCAAUACGUAAUGGAGGGAGGAUAUAUAGGUCCUGUGCUUUUUGAUUGACAAGAGGAAGGGAUUGGACGUAUCUGUGUCCAUAUAUGGGCAUUUACCAAACAGGCACAGCUACAGACAUUUUGAUUUGUCAUCUUGCAUUAGUUUUCUCGCCAUCCACCCGACUGUUUUGUAGUUGGUACAGUAACUGCAGUGUUGUAUUUUAAUUUAAUUUGUGUUUUUUAGUCACUGUCGGAGAGUAGUUGCAACUGUCUGUGCAAAAUUGGAGCAUGGUGUGUGUGUGUAUGCUGCAAUCCUUGUGUGAGUAAUGGCGUGCUUCUGUUGCUUGGUCACUGACGUCCUUUCUGGUCUCAUUAUAAAAUGUUUAAAGAACUUAAACCAUGACAUAGUCAGUGGUCCAGUUGGGGAUUUGGCUUUACCAGAUUGUUUAUAUAACUGACAGUUUUCUAUUCAAUUUCCAUUAUAGUACAUCUAAUUUUUAUGUGAAGGUGAGAGGUUCAGUGUAACCCAUAGUCUCGGGUGGGAUCUAUUCUGAUGGGUCGUAUUCCUUAGCCACGGAACAGAACAACACAGACUAAAACAUCGAGGACCUACCUGGACUCGUCAAUAAUUAAUUUCUGUUUUCUGUUCUAAAAUGUUUUCUAUUGUGUGCCCUAAUGAACAUGACUCUGUAUGAUCAUCCUGAGUCUAUCAGUAGUCACCCACCCUCGUCCUGAAGGGCUACUACGAUGUGACUGGGCUUUUGUUCCAGCCAAGCACUAAACCUGUUUCAGCGAAUUAACUAAAAUAACUCACUCUGUUGAAUGUGAUAGUUGUUUUAUACCAGCUCUUUAACAAUUGAUUCAAUGUCUCGUUGAAUCACGGCCGUUCUACGCACAUGGGUAGCCAAUAUACGCAAAUGUGUGCCGCGACGCAGUUUAUAACUCCAUUACGCAGGAUCCCAAAUUUGUGUAACUAAUUGUAAGUUAUAAAUUAUGAUUAAUUGAUUGGCUGGAGCAAAAGACUGCAAACCAACCAAGGCUGAAACCAAUUGUAGCUUUCGACCAGGCCACCCCUGUAGUGUUCUGGCCUUUUUGUCUAGAGACAGGAAGUGGCUGACCCCAGUCCUCCUUCCACUUCCUGUGCGAAGUCUUUUACCUACUAUACUGCCUUACUUCUCUGAACUUUAACCUCUGUCCUCUUCGAAUUUUGACUUAUGUUUCUGUACUUAUACUGUGACUUUCUCCCCCGCUAUAUCACUAUUUUCGUCUUUUUCUUUUUUUGUUAUUCUAGUCUUUUAUGAUCCAAUAAUGAGCUAAUAUUGUUGAUGUCAUCGUUAUUCACUUCUGUUGAAGGAUUGAAAAAUGUCUCCUUUGUUUAAGUUAGGUAUCUUACUUUUUGGGGUGGUUACCUUUUUUUAUUUUAUUUUUUUAAAUGUACAGUUCUAUUAUUUAAAGAAUGUUUGUUGUCCACUGGUGUUAAUACUUUUUUGUAAUAUGUCAUUUGAAUUUUUUUUUUUUAUAUAUAACAUUUUACUACUCCACAAAUCUUUUUUUUGGUUUGUGACGUAUGUUUUAGUGCUUAUCUUUUGAUUUAAUAUAAACAAUAAAACCCUAUACUGUGUAUCAAA